CAAAUCAAACCAAACAACUCCAUUUCCUCUCUCUCUUUCUUCUCCUCCUCAUAUCUUGUUCUUCUUCUUCUUCUUGGUUAAAACCCUCUCUGCCUGUUGUAGAUAUCUCUUUUAGAGGUUAAGGAAAAGAGAGUAAGAUGUCGGAGAUCGACUACUGCCGGUCUAAAAACAGCGGCAGCCUCAGGCUGAAGCUGUUUGGGUUCGAGAUGUCCGAGGGAGAGGAAGCCGGGUUGGGCUCCGACUCAUCUUCCUCCACGAUCACCACCGCUUCCGGCGGCGGAGGCGGAGGUGGUGGAGGAGGAGACGGGAAGAAGUACGAGUGCCAGUUCUGCUGCCGCGAGUUCGCCAACUCGCAGGCGCUGGGCGGCCACCAGAACGCGCACAAGAAGGAGCGGCAGCAGUCGAAGCGCGCGCAGAUGCAACAGCAGCUCCACCACGGAGGAGUCGGCUUCGGCGGUCUCCUGUACCCUCGGAGCCCGAUGGUGUCGGCCUUCACGACGCCGCCUCGUUUCCUCCCUGCCGGUUCGGCUUCUCCGAUUUCCGGCCACCCCGACUGGGUCUACUUCUCUCGGACGGCCGCGCCGCAGCCGUCUCCCUUCCACGUUUCGCACGGAUGUGCCUUCCCCGCCCCAUCAGCUACCAAUCGCAAGGUCCCGCCAGGGCCUGGCAUCGUCUCUUACGCCGCGGCCGGAUACAUAGAUGGCGGUGGCAUGCAGGUCCAUGACGAGGGUCGAGCGGCAGCCGGGCCGAUUUCUUUUCCAAAUAAGGAUGACUCGGCCGGCAAGGAUGACUCGGCCGGGUUGGACCUCAAGCUCACCCUCGCCACGGCCGGGUCGUAACUCGAUUUCCCUGCAGGAUGAUGGAUCUGCUCACGGAAAAAAAAAAAAAGUUUCGAAUCCUGUAAUCUUUUUCUUCCCUUUUCAUGUUCCUAAUUUUCUUCUUUUCUGAUCUCAUCUGUUUCCGCAAGGUGAUGUUCCUAUUCGGGAUAACAUUCCCGAGUCCUGAGUUGUACAUAUAUAUAACUCCUAUUUCCCUUCCAUCAUAUGAUAUCGAAAGACGAUGAGUUCCAUCCA